CGAAAAAAGACAGAGCAAACAAUUUCCAGGCCCGCCGCGUCUGGCAGAAAAUAUGAGAAAAAAAUUAUUAAAAAUUCAGGAAAUAGUUGAAAGUGAGGAAAAAGUCCAGAGAGAGGAUGAGGAAGCUCCCAGGGCCCCUGAGUCCAGGCUGGGAUGACAACCUAAAGCUGUUAGUUCCAGUCACACCAGCACCAGUCAGGCGCCCUUCACCUGUCCAUGUAGACGCUCUGCCUUAGGGUGCCAUGGCCACAGGAACGGAGCGCCGCCAUGACCCUGUCCCAGAGAAGGCCAAGCUUUCACCAACUUUGGGGAAACGCAGGAGAGCAGAAGGGAAACCCAAGAAGAACUUUCCUUGUCAGGAGUGUCAAAAGGCGUUCAACAGCCUGGAGAAGUUGAAGGUUCACUCGUACUCCCACACGGGGGAAAGGCCCUACCGCUGCUCCCAUCCAGACUGCACCAAGGCCUUCGUGUCCAAGUACAAGCUGCUACGGCAUACAGCAACUCACUCACCAGAAAAAAGCCACAAGUGUUCGUACUGUGAAAAAAUGUUUCACCGCAAGGAUCACUUAAAAAAUCACCUCCACACCCAUGACCCACACAAGGAGGCCUUCUCCUGUCAGGAGUGCGGGAAGAGCUACAACACCAAGCUGGGCUUUAAGCGCCACCUGGCCCUCCAUGCCGCCAACAGCGGAGACCUGACCUGCCAGGUGUGCCUGCAGCUGUUCCCUAGCACCGCGGUUCUCCUGGAUCACCUCAAAACUCAUGCUGGCAAGACGUCCGGAGGGACCAAAGAGAAGAAGCAUUGCUGCGAGCACUGCGAGCGCCAGUUUUACACCCGCAAAGACGUGCGACGCCACAUGGUGGUGCACACCGGCCGCAAGGACUUCCUGUGUCAGUACUGCGCUCAGCGCUUUGGCAGGAAGGAUCACCUGACACGUCACAUGAAGAAGAGCCACACCAGAGAGCUGCUGAGGGUCAAAGCGGAACCCACCGACUCGCUGGAGACCCACGUCUUUGAUCUGCCUGCAGGAAGCAUCAAGGAUGAGAUUCCAGCACCGCUGACGGCGAGGUCCCACCAAGUGGGUGUGUUCUCGGGCUGUGGCCUGGACACGCAGCCCUUCUCCUCGCCUAAUAACCCCUUUUCUUUGAAGUACCCACUGUGCUCUAACUUUACCUCGUACAACAUCACCUCACAUGAGAGGGAGCAGAAUCUAAAGGGAGAACUGGAGACCUACUUGAUGGAGCUGCAGAACAUGCCAUCCUCAUCCUCUACCCCCCUGCAUCCUCAGAUCCCCUCCUCCAAACUGGAGCUGUUACCUCAUGUGGGUCUGUUGGAGGAAGCGAGCGAGUCAGGGUCCCUCUCUAAAAUGUCCACGCCAGCAGCAGACCCCGCACCAGACUCUGCGGCCUCGGCUUCCUCUCUUUUGGAUUUCUCACAGCUCUUCAACUUCCUGCCACAAAACGGGCCCGCAUACAGUCAGGUAGGGAGCGGUGGGGCCAGCAUGGGGCCUGCCGCUACCUUCCCACCAGCCGAGGAGCCCCUUACUCUAGUCCCACUGGCCCCGCAGACACCUGCAGGUCCAGAGACGGCAGAGAUCCCUCUCCAAGGACCCCCGUCCUCCUUCAUAUGCAGCCUCAACACCAUCCCCACCCUACCCCGCUUUCAUCAAGCUUUCCAGUGAUGCAGUCAGAGCUGCCGAUAAACAGGAGACCAGUCUGCCUGACCUAUAACCCAGCUGAAGGUGCAUGAAGAUCAGGGCCCACACACACAUCUCUAUCUUUGCUGGGCUUUUCCUUUGACUUCCUUUCAUUUAAUUUCUAACCCAUUUCUACUGUCUAAGAGUGACCGCAACCCUAACCUAACUCAGCCCUAAACCCUGACCCCAUAAUAACUCGGCUCAAUUUAUUUAUAUAGAGCAGCAGUUUUUCUUGUGGGAACCCGGCAUUUGGCCCCACAAGGAACCCUUGAUCCCCAAACGCGCAAUUGUUCUAAAAAAUGGGGCCAUAAUAUCCAUCCAUCCAUCCAUUUUCCAUCAUGCUUUGUCCCUGCUGGGGUGGCGAGGGAUUCUGGUGCCUAUCUCUAGCUGUCUUUGGGGCGAGAGGCGUUGUACACCCAGGACAACAACCAUUCAAACACACUCACAUCUAAGGAGAAUUUAGAGAAGCCAAUUAAACUAACAGUCAUGUUUUUUUACUGUGGGAGGAAGCUAAUCAUUACCAGACCAUACCUUACCAUUACCAGACCCUACCAUUACCAGACCCUACCAUUACCAGACCCUACCAUUAACAGACCCUACCAUUACCAGACCCUACCUAGCAAUUACCAGACCCUACCAUUAACAGACCCUACCAUUACCAGACCCUACCAUUACCAGACCCUACCUAGCAAUUACCAGACCCUAUCAUUACCAGAACCUUCCAUUGUUAGACCCUACCAUUAUCAGACCCUACCAUUACCAGACUCUACUAUUACCAGACUCUACCAUUAUCCGACUCUACCAUUACCAGAUCCUUCAAUUGUCAGACCCUUCCAUUGUCAGAUCCUUCCAUUACCAGACCCUACCUAGCCAUUACCAGACCCCUAAUCAUUACCAGACCCUACCAUUACAGACCCUACCUAGCCAUUAUCAGGCCCCUAACCAUUACCAGACCCUACAUAGCCAUUAUCAGGCCCCUAACCAUUACCAGACCCUACAUAGCCAUUAUCAGACCCCUAACCAUUACCAGAGGCGACCAAACCAUAACCUGAACCUAAACUGAAUUCACUUCUUCAUCCGAAACCUUAACCUUUAGCAAAGAGAGAAUUGGGGACCAGCAGAAUGUUCUCACUUUGAUAUUAACGGUCCCCACUCUGAUGCCAAAACAGGAUCACACACACAGUUUAACUUAAGUCUCUAAACUCUGGCAGAUCUUCACAACUUUUCCAGAAACAUCAAAUGUCUUCAAAGUUAGUUUUUGUUUCAUUUACUAACAUAAGUUAUCAGCUGCUCUGGUCCCAGAAAGGACUUUGAUGUGCUAGAGAGCAGCGGCGGCAGCCAGCCGGAUGCUGCAGCUUCUGGUUAGAUCCAUGUACAGGAGGGGGAGGCUUGAGUUCGUAGCUCAUCAGGGACUCUGAUUUCAGAUCAACAACAGAACGCUCACUAAGGAUUUGCUGUAGUAGUUCGGAUGGUGUUUACUUAGAACUCCACUGCCAUCUUUGACUCUAAACUGAUCCAUCCAUCAUCCACACAGCUUUGUCUUUGGAAGGAGAGCCGCUUGCUGGGAUCACUUGCUGCAUUCGACUCUUCCUGCUAUGCUGCCAUUAAACGCAGUCCUGUUUGAGUCCAGAUCAUACCAGACACAGCAGGGUUCAAAGUGCAAUUGGUAAUUUAACCUGCAAAACAAUAAUAAGAAACCAUGAAAGCAGGUAGUUGGAGCACAAGGUUUACUCAAUCAAGUUUAUUAAGAUCCCCACCAGGAAAAAAAACCUGUGGUUAGAACUAGUGAAAGAGUGAGCUUUAUUGGACUUCCAGAUGUUGGCUAUUUCAUUUUGAAGGUCCAGUAACUCCAAAGUCAGGAUCAGAUUGAGUCUUCCUGGAACACACCUUGUCCUUCUUAGGCUAUAAGACCUGGAAAAGGCAUUUGUUUGUCCUCUUUCUGGUGCCCUGCGGGGGCGCUCCAGUAGUACAGAGUGGUGGCCUUUACUAGGGGCCGUCUUGUCGCUGCACAGGUGGAGUAGGAGUUUGGUCCCCAUUGCUAGACCAUUUCCGAGUCCGUGUUGGACUCUGGCAGGGCUUCCCUUUCCCUGCUCAGAACCUCCAUGGACGAGAUAGGCAAGGUCAAUGUUCUGGUUUGGGGACCAGCAAAUUUCGUCUCUGCUUCUUCCAGAGACAGAAAUCUCUGCAGAAAGCACUGCUGACUCACUCCUAUCAAACCGACUGCAUGCACAGGGGUGGAUGGCACCAGAGGGGGGAAGGUCAGCAUCUGCUAUUCGGAGACCAUGGAUUUUGACUGGAAAAAGGUGGGUUGCCUAGUUCAGAGCAGUUUUGGUUUCCUGCCUCUAAGUGAAGGACUUCUAGUAUCUUGGGUCCUGUUCAUUAGUGAGGGGAGAUGGACAGACGGAUCUGUGCAGAUGCCUCUAUAAUGCUGAUGCUGCAAUAGACCGGAAUAGUAAAGAGAAAGCUGAAAGCAAAGUUUACCAAUUUAGUGGUUUGUCUACCCUCCUGCUCUCUUCUAUGACCAUGAAAUUAUCGUUAUGGCCAAAGUAGGUGAUGUUAUAUACAAGCGGCUGGAAUUAGCCUCCUCUGCAGGGAGGCUGGGCUCUCCCUCAGAGAGAGGGUGAGGAGCUCGGUCAUCAGGGAUAGACUCAGAGUAGAGCUGCUUCUCCUCCAGUUCAGGAGGAGUCAGCUGAGGAUCAGACAUCCCCUUCAAAUGCUGCCUGGACACCACCCAUGGAAGGUGUUCCACGCACGUCCCACUGGGCGGAGACCACGGGGACAACCCAGGACACACUGCAGGGACUAUGUCUCUCAGUUGGAACACCUCAGGCUUCCCCCAGAGGAGCAGGAGAAGGUGUCUGGGAGUCUCUGCUGAGUCACGCAUAGACUGUGGUCUACAUAUGAGGCCACUGGGGCUCAAUGGUGGGGUUAGUUGCCUUUUGAUUGGAAGGUUGCCGGUUGGCUUCCUAUGGCCUCAUAUGGCCUUUCAAUGUGCCCCAGGAUCCUUGCAUUACUGCAUGCAGGUGCUCAUGUUUGUGCAAGCAGCUUUGGGUGGUAAAAAACUCUUAGCCAUGUUCGUCUCCUGAACCAAGUGUCCUUUUUAGGGUGGCUCCUGAGGUUUUUUUAUUUGAAACUUCUGCCUUGAAAGAGACAAACUGAUGUUUGGAAGUGAUGACAGUUUUCCUUGUUGAUGUGUGAAUAUUCCUCCAGACACCAGGGGGAGGUAUGCAUGGCUUUCUGGUAAAAGAAACCACCAGCUGUAGGGCUCAGAUAGACAUCAUCCUAGACUCUCCCAUGAUGCGACCAUAUGGUGCUAAUCUGUGGUAUUUUUGGUAUGAUGUUAUCAGUGUGAUGCAGAGUCUGUGAUUUAGAGUUUUGUCAACAUUCAUCAGUGUGAUGGCGGUGGGGAAGAAGCUGUUGCAGAACUUGCUGGUCCUGCAUUGA